GUUCCGCCUCGUCUCCCUUCCCACUUCUUUCUCAAUCCCAAGCGCCAGGGACACACACACCAAAAGUCACCCAAUCCGCACGCUCCCUCACCCAGCGCACUGACGGGGGUCCCUCGCGACUCGCACCCGGCAGCUCUGCAGUGCCUGCAUCCCACAGCACCUCAGCAACAACGCAUCUUCUUUUUCUAUCUCUCUCCCUACCUCCUUGCCCCUUCCUUGUACCACCGCGGCCACAUGGCUCCAACCUUGCUGCGUGCCUCAUCCUCAUCCUCCUCCUCCUCCUCCUCCAAGCCGCGAUCCUCGUAGCACCACAAAUCACCACCACCCCGACAACGACGACCGACCCGACGCCGACCCGAGGGGUUGCCCUGUCUCCCUAGACGACGCCCACCCGCCACCCCCUUCCCUCGUACCCCAAAUUUCGCUUCAUGUCCGCCGUGGUUCGCCUGUCCGGGGUUAUCUCGAAUCAAUCCGGAAUAGCCUCAGCCCGACCAGCGUAGGGGAGCCCGGCCCGUCGUGGCACCCGUGGCGCCCGUGCCACGAGCAGCACCAGACGGCGUUUCAACUUUCGUACUGGACGAGGAAGCUGUCCGGCGAAUCCCCCGCUGCCCACGACAAUCACCAACGACGGGGGUCCCCAUCCCGUCUUGGCUCCUGCCCUUUGUUCCAAGGAGACGCCUGUUCAAGCGCCCUUCUUCCCUUCUCCUGCCGUCGCCGCAAUGACGAGGCCAACGAUUGUCCGCGCCGACACGAUCGACUUGCAAGAUCACCGCGCUCCUUCGGCCAAGGAUCACCACCACGCCACCGACGUCGCUUCAGGCGCCUCGUCUCCCGCCCCCUUGGGCCCUCACCAGGCCGAGACCCUCCGCGAAGUCGCCCACGAGACGGCCGAGGAGGAGGCUCGCAGCCCGAGGGUUUCGUGGUCCAACGGCAAGGGCGGCGCCAACGGGGACGCCUUGCAACAGUAUACCCGCGACGACGAUACCGCUUCCGACAUGUACCGUCACGAUAACCAGCAACACCACGAGGACGCCCUAGCCAUCGCUCAGAAUGGCGGCGUAUCAUCUUCGGACGAGGGUGACCUCGACGGUGAUGCCGAUGGCGACCUCGACGACGACAUGAUGGAUAAGAUAUCGAGUUCUCCUUCUAUUGAAGAUGGUGCGUUUCGCCCUGUUCAGGCACCCGCGGCCUGGCCGCGUCGCGUCUCGUCUCUACCGUCCAAUUUGGCAUCCUCAAAUGUUGUCAUGCAAGCUUCGCGCCCCCGUCGAAUCAUGCUUCCAACCCCUGUUGCAACCGAAGCCCCACCUCCACUUCCCAAGACAAGUGUACGCCUGCAAGACCUUGGAAUUGCAGCCGCCGAGUGGCAAUGCAGACGUCAUCAUCUUCCUCGUGGUAAGCAUGCAAGAUUGCGACGAACCAAUUUCGACAACGGACGGAACCGCUCCCGCGAGCGCACUAACCACGACGCAAACGAAGCCCACGCCGACGAUGAUACCAGCGAAGAGGACUCGAGCUCGUUGUCAAGCUUCCCCGACCACAAGCCUGGUGCACAGGAAUAGAGUUCCAUGACACAGGCGGGGCCUGCUUCGAGGCAGACGAGUCACGAGCUUGGUCCAUCGGUACAUGGGCAGACGGAUAUCCCUCCAUCUCCAAGCUUGCAGAGGCUGAUCGACGGGAGCGACGCUGGCGGCUACGACUCCGACGGGGCGCCCCUCACCUUUCCAUAUGAGCCCUCAGAGGAAGAUGAUGACAUUGACUUUUCUGUCCCUGACAAGACGCGUUCAAUUCCUCAUAGCUGCACGGACGAAUGCUUACAGAACGCAGAGGAUAUUGAUUUCGAGUUUGUCUAUGCGCUGCACACCUUCGUGGCCACCGUUGAGGGCCAGGCGAACGCGACGAAGGGCGACACCAUGGUCCUGCUCGACGACAGCAACAGCUACUGGUGGCUUGUACGAGUUGUCAAGGACAGUAGCAUAGGCUAUCUGCCGGCAGAGCACAUUGAGACGCCUACCGAGAGGCUGGCACGGCUCAAUAAACACAGAAAUAUUGAUCUCUCUGCUACUAUGCUUGGUGAUCAAGCUCAGAAGCAGAAGAACUCGUUCAAGUCAAUCCGGAGACGACGGAAGACGGUAACCUUUGCCGACCCGACAUACGUCGACUACUCUGAUUUCGACUACUCGACCGAUGAAGAAGACAUUGAAGAACUCUUCGGGCCACAUCCGACAGCCGCCGCCCAGCAGAAAGAACGCCAAAAGCAAGAUCAGCAGCAGAGCAGUCAACACGUCUCCACCGAGGAUGAAGUUGAGGAGAGUGCCAGGGUGGAGCCUCUCAAGACGCGGGCAACCAAGGAGGAUACGACUGCCGAUCCAGUGAAAGAGGAGCCAGGGUCCCAGAAUGAGACACGCGACAGCGAUGAAGUCGUCGAGAAGCUGGAAGGCCCCAGUAGGUCAAGAAAUGGCACGGUCCGCAACACAGACAGUUUCUUUAAGGAUGAAACUGUCGAAACCAAGAAGAUCACACUCACGCCAAACCUGUUACGCGACGACAAUACGCCGCGAGAGUCGUCAGAAUCGGCCACCCGAGACGGCAAGUCGAGAUCUAGUCUGGAUAAAUUGGACAAGGAGCUAGUCUCCGACAAGGACAGAAAGAAGGCGGGCAAGGAUAAGGAUAAGAAGGACAAGGACAAGAAGCCCAGUGCAAUCCGGAGCUUCUUCUCGCGGAAAGACAAGAAAAAGACGUCCGAGGAGGAUGACGAGUCUUUUGGAAAGCGGUCCAUGGAUAUCAUCUCCGAAUCCAGAGACAGCGACGAUCGCACGGCCGAGGAGCUGGUCUCGGACAAAUCCGCCGCCGUCCAAAAAGCUUCCGGGAAGCUGCAGAAGGCUGCCCCGACCGCAAAGCCACCCAGCAGCAACACUGGUCCAAAGUCUGUGGAGCUCUCUUCCUAUCUUGCCGAGGGUCGGACAAACGACGUCUCGAACGUACCGCCGACCUCGAUGCGCAUUGUCGACCCGGAGUCUCAGACCACGCAGGAAACGACAACUGGGAACCAGCAAGGCGGAGGAGAGGUCACUCGCGAGCGCUCCUCGUCCAACGCUGCUCAGCAGGUCAUGGCCAAGAUCUUGCCAACACGGACGGCGAGCACGACCUCUGAUGCCAAACCACAAAAGACGGUCAAGGCGAAGACACGCAUGGAACUCGAAGCGUCCGAUAGCUCCGAAGUCGAAGAUGCGCCGACGGAACGCAGCCAACCAGGGGCUCCAGAUUCCGCACAGAGGGAUGAGAAGCAGAUUCGUGAUAAGCCUACACGGCCACAACUCCCAGGAGCUUAUCCUGAUAGUUAUCAAACGACGUCGACGUUGGCGAGCGACAGCACAGUCACGCCGCAACAGGCGCAGCAAACCUUCUCUGACGAACCCUACACGUCGCCUUCAAACUCAUCAGCACCCCCAGCUCUGGUUGUCGAUACUUCAUCGCCAGAAGCCGGCUCCCCCGAGGCCUCCCCAUCGCCAGCCCAAUCCCAUCCAUCGAAUGGCAACCAAAAGGAUGGUUCAGGAAACAGAGAGCCAACAUGGGACGACAACAAGUUGCGAGCGUUCUUCGACGAGACAGAUCACAUUCGCGACUUAUUGGCUGUGGUCUACGACAAGUCGGAUGUUGAGCCCGUGAGCAGCGACCACCCCGCCAUCGGCGGCCUGUUCCGCGAGCAAAAUGCCAAACUGGCCGAAAUAACAACGCAACUGGACAAUAUGCUGGGCGACUGGCUAGCCAGGAAACAAAGGCUCCGGGGCACGAUAUAGGUACAGUGAGCCAGGUUUCUUGAGCUCCUGAGUGGCCGCGGCAGCCGAGACGUUUCCAGCUCUCAUGAAGCCUUGCGCGAUGAGAUCAUGUAGUUUGGAGACGGGCUGACCGCCCACUCAUGGGCCUGGAUCCCUCAGAAUGAGGUGCAGCAUGACAGCUUCGGCUAAUUGCACGACAUCUUGGCAUGAGUGACACGGCACGAAGGUGCUUCUUCCUCGUUUUAUUUUCUUUGGCACGCCGACAUGACUUACAAUGCAUGCACGAAACGAUCUGGAAAAGGGAUUAGCUGCUUCACAGCCGAGCGACACGGGAGUUCCACAAGGGACGUCGUCAUGGAUUGGACUCGCGCUCGCUCGCUUUGAUUUUAUCCUUCCCUGUAUUUCUCUCCCUCCCUUGCAUUGGCGCGAGGUGGGGACAUCGUGGUUGGGCGAGACUGGCCGUGUUUCGUCUCUGCCUGACAAUUUUGUGCUCACCGUCGUUGGGUUUUGUUUUCUUUUUUGAUGAUUCAUGGCAUUGGACGCCGUCGGCUUGGCUAGGGCGAUGGAUGGGAGGUACGGUGCUCGGUGAUACCCGAUGUGGAUCGUGCAGGAGGGUGGGGAGGAGGCGUGUAGGAGGAGACGGGGAUGUUGUGCGGUAUCUUGUCAGUGGCUUGUAUAGUAGUCUGCUGCAUAAAGCUCAAGGCGGCGUUGGUGAUUCAAAAUCAAACCGAGGUUGCGGCGAGUGGGUGAAACGCACGAGAAACAACAUGGCCAUCGUCUUCAUUUGUGUAGGUUGAGGACUGCGGUGAACCGAG